GGAGCUAAGCAAGUCACAGCACACAGAAAACUUUGUUAGCUGCAUGCUAACUUUGCUCCAUCGUAUGUUUGGCAAUGUUACAAGCUUGAAGCAACACGCCGGAUAUCAUCGAAAAGAUGGAUUGCCAUGGGGAGGAAGAUGGAGAGUUGUGCAGAUUGGCCACUUUAGUGCAACAAAGUCACAUCAGAGCACGAGUGCAACAGUUUGUGGAGGAGAGGAUGCACACCACCAUGGUCACAGGUGUACUGAUUGGAGCUGCAGUUGCAGUCUCACUGAUUGGGAUUGUGGUGCUCUUCCUAUACAGGAGAUUCAAGCUCGCUUGUGAAAAACAGCCUGGCGUACCCCAGUAUCGCUUCAGAAAACGAGAUAAAGUGCUCUUCUAUGGAAGGAAGAUAAUGCGAAAGGUCCAGACGCUGUCCUCGAUUCCUCCUCCCACCUCUACCUCAGUAUCAAAGCCACCGCAACGCAUACGCAAAAGAACCAAAGUUCUGAGCAUAGCUCGCAAAAUCCUGAGGAUCCGUAAAGAUCCUCCCACCCUGCAGCCCAAGGAACCUCCUCCCUCCCUGCUGGAAGCUGACCUAACAGAGUUUGAUGUGCAGAGCUCAAACCUACCCUCUGAGGUUCUCUACAUGCUGAAGAAUGUCAGGGUCUUGGGUCAUUUUGAGAAGCCUUUGUUCCUAGAGCUAUGUCGGCACAUGGUGUUUAUCGAGCUGCAAGAGGGUGAAGGUCUGUUCAGGCCAGGAGAUGAUGACGAUAGCAUCUAUGUGGUACAGGAUGGACAACUCGAGCUUUGCAUCCAGGAGAACGACGGUACAGAACCAGUAGUAAAGGAUGUGCACCCAGGAGAUAGCGUCCACAGCCUGCUCAGUAUUCUGGACAUCAUCACUGGUUAUCCUGCUCCAUAUAAGACUGUAUUGACACGAGCUGCAACUCGCUCCACCAUCUUACGUUUACCUGCAUCAGCCUUUGAGUCUGUGUUUAAGAAAUACCCAGAGACACUUGUUCGCGUCAUUCAGAUAAUCAUGGUGCGCCUCCAAAGAGUCACCUUCUUGGCGUUACAUAACUAUCUGGGCCUAACCACUGAGCUCUUCAAUCCGGACUGUCAAGCGGUGCCUUUGUCCAAUAUAAACAGUGUGAUGGGAGAGGUGACUACCGGGAAGACAACUCGUCGUUUGCACUUCCAGGACGAAUUACCUGCUGGGACCACGGAGAGCCCCACAGAGACAGAUGGUGUGAAGGACAGCCCUUCAAACAGCUGCAGGAAACCGCGAUCCAUCUCCAUGCCCACCGACUGCACAGGUAUUGACCUGAACAUGGCUUGUGAACGAGCUCGAGUCAAUAUAGAUGAGGGUCCCUCCAGUCCGGUUACUCAAAAAUCCAGCCUGAAGAAGUGUGUGACAAUGCAGCACACACCCUCUGAAGUGUUUCACUACACUGACAGUGGGGGGCAGUCCGAUGCCAUCCACCUCAGUAAGAGCAGCACAAUCCUCCAGGCUGCUAAGAAGGACCUGAUGGGAAUUAUCCAGCUGCAGGACCCCACUCUGCUUGAAGGCAGAGUUACCCUCCAUCAUGUCAAAGCUGGUUCUGUGGUGGCUCGUCAGGGAGACCAGGAGGUGAGCAUGCAGUUUGUGAUUUCUGGCCUCCUCCAUGUUUACCAGCGGAUGAUUGACCGCGAAGAAGAGACUCGUCUUUUUGUGACGCACCCCGGAGAGCUUGUCGGUCAACUAGCUGUCCUGACCGGAGAGCCCCUCCUGUUCACUGUUCGAGCCCAGCGAGACUGCAGCUUCCUCUCCAUUUCCAAAACACACUUCUAUGAGAUAAUGCGUGUGGAGCCGAAGGUGGUGCUGAAUGUUGCUCACACAGUGGUGAGGAGGAUGUCAUCUUUUGUCAGACAGAUAGACUUUGCUCUUGACUGGAUGGCUGUGGAAGCCGGCAGGGCGGUCUACAGGCAGGGAGACAAAUCAGACAGUACUUUAAUAGUGCUGAGUGGUCGACUUCGUUCUGUAAUCAUGAAAGAGGAUGGCAAGAAGGAGCUGAUAGGAGAGUAUGGACGCGGCGACCUGAUUGGAGUGGUAAGGACCGCAAUGGUGGAGACACUGACACGUCAGAACAGAGCAACAACAGUGCAUGCUGUACGAGACUCUGAGCUCGCCAAGUUACCAGAAGGAGCACUCAGCUCCAUCAAGAGGAAGUUCCCUCAGGUUGUCACCAGGUUGAUCCACUUACUAGGACAGAAGAUCCUUCAGCAGGUCAAUGGUCCUCUGACAGCUCGCAGUUUGGCCCUCCAAACCCCCGGCAGUAAGUGGGAUGCAGGGAACCAGGCCUCCAACCUCUCCACUGUGACAGUCCUGCCCGUAUCAGAAGAAGUACCUCUCACUGCCUUCACUCUGGAGCUGCAGCAUGCACUCAUUGCAAUAGGUCCCACUCUUCUGCUGACCAGUGAUAUUAUUAAACAGCGACUUGGAGCUGCAGCACUAGACAGUGUCCAUGAGUACCGUCUGUCCAGCUGGCUGGGCCAACAGGAAGACAUCCAUCGCAUAGUUCUUUACCAGACGGACAACACGCUGACCCCAUGGACUCAGCGGUGCAUCCGUCAGGCCGACUGCAUCAUUAUUGUGGGACUAGGAGAGCAGGAACCUGUUGUUGGAGAGCUGGAGCGUAUGUUGGAAGGAAGUGCAGUGCGUGCCCAGAAGCAGCUGGUGCUGUUGCACAGAGAAGAUGGCCCCCCACCCAAAGGAACUGCAGACUGGCUCAACAUGCGAAGCUGGAUCUCCAGACAUCUCCACCUGUCUUGUCCACGAAGGGUCUUCUCUAAGAGGAGCCUGCCCAAACUGUUGGAGCUGUAUCAACGUGUGUUUGAGAAGCCAGCAGACCGCCACUCAGACUUUUCCCGCCUGGCUCGAGUCCUUACUGGCAAUGCUAUUGCUAUUAUCCUGGGAGGUGGAGGGGCCAGGGGCUGUUCCCAGGUGGGGGUAAUGCGAGCUGUCUGCGAGGCCGGCAUCCCAGUGGACCUCAUUGGUGGCACCUCGAUCGGUUCCCUGAUGGGGGCGCUAUAUGCUGAGGACCGUAGCCACAGUCGCAUGAGGAUGAGGGCCAAAGAAUGGGCAAUGGAAAUGACUUCAGUGUUUAAGAAGGUUCUGGAUUUGACGUACCCAGUCACCUCCAUGUUCUCCGGCGCUGCCUUCAACUCCAGCAUCAGCAGUGUUUUCAAGAGCAAACAGAUUGAGGACCUUUGGAUCCCGUAUUUCAAUAUCACAACUGACAUCACUGCCUCGGCUAUGAGAGUACACACUGAUGGUUCUCUGUGGCGGUAUAUUCGUGCCAGCAUGUCUCUGUCUGGUUAUCUGCCUCCUCUCUGUGACCCCAAAGAUGGACACCUGCUGAUGGAUGGAGGCUACAUCAACAACCUGCCAGCUGAUGUGGCGCGCUCCAUGGGGGCCAAAGUGGUGAUAGCUAUUGACGUGGGCAGCCGGGAUGAAACCAACCUCACUAAUUAUGGCGACUCGCUCUCAGGCUGGUGGCUGCUAUGGAAACGCCUCAACCCCCUUGCUGAGAAAGUAAAGGUGUUGAACAUGGCGGAGAUUCAGACUCGGCUGGCCUAUGUGUGCUGUGUCAGGCAGCUGGAGUCUGUGAAGAACAGUGACUAUUGCGAGUACAUCAGACCUCCAAUCGACAGAUACCGUACCCUGGAGUUUGGCAAGUUUGAUGAGAUUGCUGAGGUCGGAUACCAGCACGGAAAGACUGUGUUCGAUGUUUGGGGCCGCAGUGGAGUGGUGGACAAAAUGAUGAAAGACAGACACCAGGAGGAGUUCUACAACACUCAAAGCAAGAACAAUGUGGUGACUUGUCCCAAUGCUUCCUUUACUGACCUGGCAGAAAUUGUGUCCCGCAUCGAGCCCGUCAAACCUGCUCUGGUGGACGAGGAGUCAGACUACCACACUGACUAUGAAGAGGAGGCAUUAGAGAGCGCUCUGUCUGACAUGGAGUUAUACAAUCGCUACGGAGAGCACACUGAAGGGGAGGAGACUGCUGACACGGAUGAAGAGCUGGAAGGGAGACAUGCACGGCACAUUACCUCACGCAGCAGCAGCCACCCUCUGUCUCCCACCGUCUCGGACAGUUCACUGGACAUGCUGUCAAGCCAGGACGUCCUUUCCAAACAGUCCAUUAACUGAAGUGAAAUGAACUCUGCCCGAACAGGUCAUCACAGUUUAACCUGCCUGUCUUUGCCACAUUUUACCUUCCAGUCUGUCCCACGUGACUCACUGUCAGCCUGACUGUGACGACCAUUUUACCCUCUGUAAUCUGACCUCGUUAGCUGUGGGGUUGACAUAACAAAUGGACCAAAUACAGACAGCCAGUUUCACAUUUACUCAGCUGCAAGUCAUAUGCAUUCCUAUCACACAAGAGCAGCUGCAAGUCUAAUAUUUUCUCAUAUUGAGAUAGUCAAGAUUACUUUCUGUAGCUUUACAUGAAUCACACCUGUCCAGUGGAAGACAGAAGGAAGGAGAAGUGAUGAUUUCCAUGAAAUAUAUAUUUUUUUUUUUACAUGAACCCAGAUGAAAAUUAGUUUUGACUAGAUUUGAUAGUCAUUACCCAAAUUCUAUGUUAUCCAGACAUUUUUGAUAUGAUUUCCCCAGGUUUUGACACAUCUGUCUCUGAGAUUUGUGCCAAGCACAGCAGUAGAAAAUUACCAUGUCAACAAAUUUCACCAUGUCAAAAAAUUAUUAUAACUAAGGGAUAACUAAGAACAACAUGUUUUUACACAAAAUAAUGUGUUUUAAAUUUGACUAUUUACACCUCUUUAGACCACCGAAAACCAGUCAAGUGAAUUAGUCCAAGAAGAUAAAUGACUGUAAUGCUAUAAUCUGUAAUGAGGGAUCAAAUUUUAAAGAAUUCUAAGCCAAAAAUGUUGGGAGUUACUUCUCUGAAUAACAACAUAACAUACUGUCAACAGCUUUCAAUGGUACUGAUUCCUCAGUAGAUAGUGUAUCCAGAGCAAACUGUUGACAGUGUGGUCUGUGGAUUGUCCUGAGUAUGUGCGACACUGUUUCUGAUGAGAGAUAUGUUCAAUGGUGGGCAUGACGAACGAAAAAGAAAACCUCAGACUAAUUUUUGAAACUUGGGCAAAUGAAACCAAAACUAUCUACAUGGCUAGAUACCACAAGAGGCAAGUAAGACACUCAGCGGCCACUUUGUCAGGUACACCUGUCCAAUACAACAGCUCUGCCAUUAGCAUUGAGGUCAUAACUAUGACCGUCAGAGGUGUUAACUACCUUUUUGUUUUAGCAGCGACCUCACUGCUAAAACACAAAGGUAGUUAACACCUCUGACGGUGCCUGGUUAUAGGAAUCAUGGCAGAACAGCUGUAGGGAAUUGGACUGUAUAGGUGUACCUAAUAAAGUGGACACUGGUUGUUUUUGAGCAGAGCUAAUUACAGUGAUCAAUUAUUCUUUCAAUCUACAGAAAGUAUGGGCAUGCAGGUGUUGAAUUGUUGUACUAAGAUUAAUUUGGGAAAACGUGAAUCUUGUACUUGCCCGCCAAACAUGACUAAUUUAAAACCACAAAGAGAGCGCAACAAGCAGCCCACUGUGUGGUCAUGGCUGUCAGCUCUGUUUUGUUGUACCCAGUGUGCCAGAGUCAUGGAGGGAAGUUAAUGAUUGCAAUCCACUUAAAAGUACCAGUUUCCCUCUCAGCUGGCAAGACAGCCUCUCCCCCAUCUGUUUUCUGACUUGAAUUUGUCAGACACAGACUGAGCAGCAGAUAGUGUGGAUCUGCUGGGUGAACUCGUCUCCGCACAAUUCAUGCACAUGGGCUAUCUGCAGCAGAAACAUGUUGUAACACAAGUGGCCUGUCAAGAUGUGUUUAGGUCCUUUUUUUUUUUCAGUGUUUUGAUCAAAUGUUUCUGUAGAAACUGCAAACAAAACAGUAGUCAAUAGAAUAGUCAAAUGUAAUUGUGAAAAAAAUGAUUCAUUAUAUAUUUUCAUAUUCAAGCCAAGAAUAUAUACAACCUAAGCCCUGGAUGAAUUUAAAACCGCUGGACAAUCAUUCCUGAAAUGCAAUGCACAAUUAAACUAACAAAUCGUUAUAGAGCUUUGUUUAACACGCCUCUCUGUAUGACACUAUACCAUUAUUAUAGAAUUAACUCAAUCUCAAUCACAACUAGGGCUGCAAAUAACAAUUAUCAUCAUUAUCAUUAAUGUGAUGACUAUUUUUUUUUUCUCCCAAUUUUCCCAAAACAGAUUAAUCUUUUGCUCUAUGUCAGAAAAUAAUUUCGUCAGAGCCCAAGGUACAUUUUUCCAACAGUCCAAAGCCCAAAGAUAAUCAAUUUACUACAAAGUAAUUCCAGGCAAAGCAAGAAAUCCCCACAUUUGAGAAGCUGGAACCAUCAAAUGUUUUGGCAUUUUUGUUUGAGGAAUGGCUUAAGCAAUUAAUUGAUUAUCAAAGUAGUUGGUGAUUAGUUUACUGUUAAGUGACUGAUUAAUAAUUUCCACCCUAAAUGCUGCAUUACGAGCCCUAACAAUACUGCAUAACAAACAUUUUGAUGAGGAUCCCUUAAAGCUGGGGUAGGAAAUUUAUUUCAGAAGCAUUUUAUGUUAUAUUUGUUGACAUUCUCUUUACGUCCCAACAGCAAUCAAUAAAUGAAAUGCUCUGACACAAAGAUGUCUGUCUACCUCCCUGCCUGGGAUUAUAUCUCUUGCUAGUUUCUCCAAAGUUGCCUACCCCAGCUUUAAAUUAGCUUUAGAAUUGUAACCAAUAUACUUAGUGGCACAUUUUCUUGUCACUGUCCUCCGACUAACAAUCUCAUGGUUGACACUGCACUACAAUUUAUUUUAUUACUUAUCUGCCGACUCAUACAUUGAAAUACCAAUAUACCUGCGAUAAACUAAUCAGCUGGCCGAUGGCUCUAAUCAGUAGAAUAUGAGUUUAAAUUUUCUGAUUUUAUUUUCUUCCCACUUGGUAUAGCACCCUGUGUGCCUCCCUAUAUCGACCUUCUGUUCUGUAGCUAAUACUGGUGCUACAGUGCCCGCAGCCUUACACAUGUAGAUGGUAGGAGAAUCAGUGUGAUUAACACUACGGAGGUCCCAUAUGUUGUUGGGUAAAUGGAGCCUGGACACAGAAUGUGCGAGCAAGGCAGUGAUAGGAAAACGUUUGCUGUUUACCAAUGAGGUAAUGGUGUUUGCACUGGUGUUUUUUGUACUUUUGGGUGGUUUCCAAAAACUGAGCACAAUAUAUUGGCGUCUGGCAGAAUGAAUGUUUCACUACUUUAUUAAAUGGGACAUGGUGAUGGAUGAAGUGCUUAUGUAAUGUGUGGAACUUUGCCAUGAAGAUAAUGUAACGAAGCCUUAGGUAACCCAUACGGAACAACAACCACUUGUGCCCUCUUUUGGCAUGCCUUUUGAUGAUUAGAGUAGAAUAAUGACUGAUGUUUGCCAAUAAGCCUGUACCGUACGACAUCAGUUACAUGUCUAUAUGUAUGUUGUUUGACAAAUAUUGUAUUUGAUAAUAUAUUGUUACUAAUAAACCAGUGUUUGUUGUGUA